AUGCGGUUGUCCUCUAGUCGGUCCCUUCACCCGUCCUUUAAAAAGUAUUACAGUAACGGAAACGUCACCUGGAUCCCUCCGGCCAUCAUCAGAAGCACGUGCAAUAUUGAUAUCGCUUGGUUUCCGUUCGACACCCAGCGCUGUAGUAUGAAGUUCGGGUCGUGGACGUAUUCCGGCUUUUUCACGGAUCUCCGAAAUCAAACCUCAUCUACAGCCACGUAUCAGCCGAAUGGGGAGUGGCAACUUUUGGGGCUCGAAUCCGGACGUUCGAUCUUCUACUAUGAAUGCUGCCCAGAGCCAUAUUAUGAUGUCACAUUCACUAUCACUAUCCGAAGACGCACACUUUACUACGGGUUCAACCUUGUGCUCCCCUGUAUGUUGAUAUCAGCUCUUGCUCUUCUCGGCUUCAGUCUUCCUCCGGAUUCUGGGGAAAAGCUCAAUUUGUGUGUGACAAUCUUCAUGUCUCUCUGCGUGUUCAUGUUGAUGGUGGCUGAGGCGAUGCCCCAAACUUCUGAUGCCUUACCGUUAAUUGAGGUGUACUUCUCGUGUAUAAUGUUCGAAGUGGGGGCAAGUGUAUUAUGCACAGUGUUGGCACUCAACUUUCAUCAUCGUGGGCCCGAGCAGUAUCGUCCGAUGGGGGCUACGACGCGAAAGCUGCUCCUUGAUUGGUUACCAUCAAUGGUAUUCCUGGAGAGACCGGCCGAUUUCUUUCCCCCAUCUCCAUGUCCUGGUAAUGGAUAUAUCAAAGAUACACCCAGAAAAAAGCGUUACACCUAUGAUGUGGUAGAGGUGGAUCGACAGUUGUUGAAACAUCCUGGACAAUAUCCAAGGACUACUGUACAUCUCGAUUUAUGCUCGGGGAAGAAUGGCAAAAAAGAAGCCCCGCCAAACGUGGCCCCAACCCACAAUUCCGCGCAUAACAAUGUCGCUCCAACAUCAAAACCACCUACCUCUCCCGAGCGAUCACCACCGUAUUUGUAUACGAGAAUACCCCCGCCGCUGCAUCACCAUAAUGAAGAUGAGCAUCAACCUCGGAACGGGUCGAUAGAUAGGGGUCUCGAGAAGAAGAUGAUUACGAUGGCUCGAACUCACAUGGACGAUACCCAAUUCCACAGUCUCAUCCAAGAAAUAAAGGUCAUUUCCAACAAGAUCCGCAAGGAGGAGAUGAUGCACAGCGUGCGCGGCGAGUGGAUCUUUGCCGCGAUGGUCAUCGACCGGAUUUGCUUCAUCAGUUUUUCUUGUUUUCUCUUUAUCUGUACAUUCAUCAUCGGCUACAAGGCGCCCCAUCUUUUCGCC